AUGGUGGGGAGCAUCUUAGAAGGGACUGCCCAAAACCCUCUGGCAGCUCAAAUGGCAAAAGUAGCAUUGGAAAGUGCUACGUGUGUGAUCAGAGUGGACAUUAUGCACGACAUUGCCCUAACAAGAAACCAGUUGGAGGUGCCCCGGCUAAGAAACCAGUUGGAGAGUGGCCUAGAGCACCAAGGCGUAGCCACACAUUCAUUCGUGUCUAAUGAACGCGUGAGGAGGCUCAUUGUAGUGCUGCGAGAGUUGGGGUGUGAGCUGAUAGUUGCGACACCAGCAUCUAGCGAGGUAUCCACCACUUUUGUGUGUAUGGGAUGCCUUAUAGAAGUGGCAGACCGCAGGUUCAAGGUGAAUCUCGCCUACUUGCCGAUUAAGGGCCUGGACGUGAUUUUAGGAAUGGAUUGGCUGUUAGGCAAUCAUAUUGUUAUCGAUUGCGGACGACGCAGUGUGAUUUUUCCAGAGACAGUGGGACAGAAGUUGAUCUCAGCUCAGAAGGCGAUGAGGGAAGUAGAAGUUGGAGCUACUUGUUUUAUGAUAGUGGCUCAAGGAGAGAAUAAAAGUACAACUGAGCAGAUUAGAAGCAUACCAGUGGUGGAUGAGUAUGCAGAUGUGUUUCCAGAUGAGAUUCCAGAAUUACCGCCUAGUAGGAAUGUGGAUUUUGCCAUUGAUCUAAUCCUUAGAGUUGGCCCAGUGUCUAUGGUACCAUACUGGAUGGCGUCGACCGAGUUAGCCGAGUUGAAGAAGUAG